CGCAUUUGCUAAAUGAGUUGUUUAGCAUAUCUAAGAAGCCUGUUCUACUCCCCGGUACUUCAUAAGGGGUCUAAAAACUAAUUUCCCCUCAAUCCCUCUCUUUUUCUACCCUAACUUCUUCAGGCGCCAAACAAAACGCACCACCCAUUCAAUUUUUUCUUACAUCUUAUCCCACAUUCGCAGCCAACGUAAGAGCAAGGGUGGUGAUUGGGAGACUGCUGAGCUAAUUAGGCAUAUUAUCAGAGGAAGAUACCCUACAAAGGGCGAGAGUAUUAGACAAAGAGAUUCUGGAAUUUUCUCAAAUUCUACAGAUCAUCUACUCUCAGAUUCAAAGGAUAAAUUGUUGCCAGAGUAUUCAUUCUCUUCAAAUUUGUAUGGCAACCAUAUCCUCAACACAUUUUAGAGACAUUGCCUCAGUGUUGUUUGGCUAGUUCUGAAUUGUGGCGUAGUCGAACUGCACUUAUUUGUUGGGAUAUAGUAGAGCUACACCUACCAGAUAGGUGUAUGCGACAAUUUGGAUUUGUUCAGCAUAUUCCGGCACCAUGUGACACGGAUUGGAGUUUGCAUCAAGUGGAUCGUCGAGGUAGACGAAAUACAGAUUGGACCCUUAAACACUACCGCCACAUCCAAAUGUGGAUGGAUCGAGCUUCAAGUAUACAAGAAGGUGAACUCGAGGAGGUUCCUGGUGAGGCUAGCUUAGAGUAUAUGACUUGGUAUAAGCAGCGUACAAGAUUGCUUAUUGGCAACCCAUCAUUGAGACCACUAUUACCAGCUGGUUAUCAGGGUAUUGCACCAGCUAAUGAGAUGAUGGUAGAUACAUUGCAUCGUGUCUAUUAUAGAUCACUUGAAGCAUUACCACAUGCUGAGGCCAUCUCUGUUCCUGCUCUCACUGAUAUUCGGGAUAUGUGCCAAUCAACUAUGCGUGCCAUUGGAUGUGAGAUGAGAUUGAAACUCCUACCAUUGAAUCCAAUAAUGCCGCUCUCAAUGGAUGAAGAGUUGCAACAUGUAGUUCCACGGGCACGUGUUCGAAGAGCCACACAAGAAGGUUCACAAAGAAUCCAUAGAGGGGGACGAAGGCGAAAACACAUCCAAACUGAUCAAAACAGUGUACAAAAUCAGAUUUUAAGUCAGGAUGAGUUUGUAGGAGAUCAUAUGUUGAAUCAAGAGACUAGAGACGUGGGAAAUGAGGAAACAGCUAAUGAGUUCAAUCAGACAUGUGAUCGGACUUCUGAAAUCAAUCUCGAUCAAGGUCAAGGGGAUGAACAUACAGAAGCUGAUACAACACAUGCACAAGCUGGUGAACAUGAUCUGACGCAUGUGCAAAGUGAUAAGCAUGAUCAGACACAUCUGGAGUUUGAUUUGCAACAUCAAACACAAGAACAUGUUGAUCGAAAUAAGCGUGACACUUGUAAAGGUCGUGGUAAAAAUCAGCAUCUACCCUUGCGGCCACCAUCUAAAAGAGUCAGAAGGCAAAAGUUGUGUUACUCUGGAGGCAUUCUCAAAUGAUUUAUUGUACUUGUCUUGUUAUAAGAAUUCUUAUUGUAUAAGAGAAUUUGGAUUGAAAACCAAGUAAAUUUAGUAUAUGAAAUUAGAUGUGAUAUUAUAUCAUCUUAUGACAUAUUUGAAUAUGCAAGUGUUUGCUUAACAGGUGA